GGCCCACAAUGAGUUUACAGACUUAUCGACCGCGGAAAAAAGUCUGGCUUGGUAUUAUGAGUCCAGAAAGAGAGUUGGCGCCGCGACGCUUAUUAAAAGAGGGGAUUUUUGUUGUUGUUGUUUUACAGUUGCUUUGCUACGUUCCGGGUACCCAACUUUGAGCGAGUAGAAACCAAAGUGAGAUCGUGAUUGGACUUGACAAGCCCGCUGCGCUACUGUAUCCACCCCUCCCCUCCCUCCUUUUGCAGCUCCACACAACCAGGAAAUCGUCGAGGUGUGCUUCGAUUAUCCCGCUAGUUGCUACCCCGUCUGCGGGUGUAGAUGCGACUCUACUUCUCAGACAAAUUUCCAAGUAGUCCAUAUUGCUGUUGUAAAUUCGGGUAGUUUGACUUUAAUCCCGCUGGCUUCAGCUUUUAAGUGAGUCAAAGUUGCCCGCGAGGAGAGGAGCUCCACUCCAGCCGAACAAUGAGUGAGUCGAGUAUCUGCCAGGCGCGGGCCACUGUGAUGGUAUAUGAUGAUGGAAAUAAGAAGUGGCUGCCAGCAGGGGCUGGACCACAGACCUUCAGCAGAGUCCAGAUCUAUCACAACCCCUCCACCAAUGCCUUCCGAAUAGUGGGACGCAAGAUGCAGACAGACCAGCAGGUGGUUAUAAACUGCCCUAUCGUGAGAGGGCUAAAGUACAACCAAGCCACACCAAAUUUUCAUCAGUGGCGGGAUGCACGACAGGUGUGGGGGCUCAACUUUGGCAGCAAGGAGGAUGCUGCUCUUUUUGCCAAUGGCAUGUCACAUGCUCUGGAGGUGCUCAACUCUGUGGCAGAUGCAGGUUACGCGACACUUCCACGGCCAAUAUCAAAUGGUCCAUCUCCUGAAGAGAUCGAGCAGCAGAGGAGGUUGGAGCAGCAGAGGUUGGAACAGCAAGAACGGGAGCGACAGGAGCGAGAGCGACAGGAGCGAGAGCGCCAGGAAAGGGAGAGAUUAGAGAGAGAAAGACAAGCUGCAGCAGCACACAUCCCACCCGCUCCACCUAUGCCCACCGGAGGCCCUGCUCCUCCACCUGCCCCUCCUCCUCCACCAGGGCCUCCACCUGCCUCAGGUAUUCCGCCCCCCCCAGGACCUCCACCACCUGGCUCUGGAGGACCCCCGCCUCCGCCACCUCUGCCAUCAAACGAAGGGGGGGGUUUAGAUGGUGGAGCAGCUGGGGGCUUGGCUGCUGCACUGGCUGGAGCAAAACUCCGCAAAGUAUCUAAACAGGAGGAAGCGUCAGCUCCAGUUGGCAGAGCGGACGCUAGUCGUAGCAGCAACUCUUCCAUUGGAGGAGGUGGGGACCUGAUGGGUGAGAUGAGCGCCAUCUUAGCUCGAAGGAGAAAAGCAGCUGACACUGGAGAGAAAGUACCUAUGAAGGCACAGGAUAAUGAGGAUUUGGAGCCUCAGGGUCAAAGUGAGACCACGAGAAGACCUUGGGAGAAAUCCUCAUCCACCAUGACCAGGAAUAACUCCAUUCCCAAGAGCAUGGACUCCACCUCCUCAUUAUCUCAAAGUUCCAGGGUGAAGCCUGCAAACAACAGUAAUGACACAAGUGGAUUCGAUGACUCAGAUUUAGAAAAAAUGAAACAGGAAAUCCUUGAGGAAGUGCGAAAAGAACUUCAAAAAGUAAAGGAGGAAAUAAUCAGAGCAUUUAUUCAGGAGCUGCAAAAGAGAAGCACAUAGUUUUGAUGCUCAUCUGGUGUAGCAGAGGGAUAUGAUUGAUGGAGGCCUGCUGGGACCUUUGCUUCAGUGCGACCUCUAAUGUAGCCCAGGGAUCUCUCAUUUUGUUUUUUUUGUUUCCUAAAAGCAUUGCUUCGUGUCACCAUGCAUUCAUACUCUUGAUGUAAAUGGUAACCCAGGGAACUUUCUCAGGGCGCCAUCCAACAUGUUCAAAGAUCAUUCACUUGUCCGGUGAUCCUGUUUUUUCCCGUUUAUUUGUCCGUACUCCAUUGUGUCCUGUAUGAGAAUCAGCCGAGUUCACAGCUGCAGCCACAUCACCAAAUUGUUGUCACCCUUGAAUCUUCAUAUCUGGGGUCUUUCUGCUAUUUGUGUUUUGAUAAAGCAGUAUUCAGGGAUAAGGUAUUUGCCACAUUUUUACUGUAACAGCAAGAUGCUGGAGUGUUGGGAUUUUACUAUUCUGCCUUCGCAUGCAAAGCCUCAAAGACGACUAUAAAUACUUUGGUCAGACAUCCACUGGUAGUUUAUUUCAUAUAAUGCUUAUUGAAAGACAAAAAAAUCAGUAAUUGGGGUGAAAGCAGAGAAUCCCAUCGCCCUGACUUGUGCAGUGUAGUUCACCACGUGGAUUUACAUCUCCUGGCACAGCACAAAGCCUUCACUGCUGCAAGAAGGAGAAAAUGGAUGCUGAUGGACAACCAGAAUGCUGUGAAUGGGGAGUGUGUUAUCGUUUUAUGACGUGUGAGAAAUGUAUUCUUUGCAUUGCACUUGUUCCAGAGUCAAGUGUGAGCAUGUGCCACACUGCCUUGAUAAGACUUUUUUCCCCCCCUCACGGUCUAAAAGAAAUAUUUGUUAUUGGCCAGUGCAGUGGUUCUAAACUGUGCUUCUGCUGUUUUUUUUUUUUUUUUUUUUUCCAAUUCUUAACUAUAUUUUCUACUUUUUUGAUGAAAAACAUGGCCAUGAAUAGGUCAAUUAAUUUGGCCGUGACCAACUGCCUUGAGAAUGAAUAUAUAAAUAUAUAUAUAUAUAUAUGGAUAAAUAUAUAUUUGUUUUGAGGGAACGUGUUAAGCGCAAAUGAAUUGUUUUUUCUAUUUUUAAUUAAAAUGACUGGUGAAUGGGGAUUUUGUUUUUCUUUUGAUUUUUUUCAAAUUAAAUCGAGGUAUUUUGGGUUUUCGGUUUUUUUCUAAUAGUCUAGGCUUUUUACACUGAAAUAUAAAAACGCCUUAGAGACACUGGAUUAGAAAUGGCUUUAUAGUUGAAUACAGCUGCUUCUUGAAAUUCA